CCUCAGCGGUUCAAGGGCACGGACGGCGCGGAGAAGGCGGCGGAGAAGGCGAAGCCCGCGAAGGCGGAGGAGGCCAAGGGGAAAGCGGCGAAGCCCGAGGAGGCCGUGGAGGAGGGGCCGCCAAAGUAUACAAAAUCAAUUUUAAAGAAGGGUGAUAAAACCAACUUUCCAAAGAAAGGGGACACUGUUCAUUGCUGGUAUACAGGAAAACUACAGGAUGGAACAGUCUUCGAUACCAAUAUUCAAACAAGUUCAAAGAAGAAAAAAGCAGCCAAACCUUUAAGUUUCAAAGUUGGCGUAGGAAAAGUAAUCAGAGGCUGGGAUGAAGCUCUCUUAACAAUGAGUAAAGGAGAGAAGGCUCAACUGGAAAUUGAACCUGAGUGGGCAUAUGGCAAGAAAGGGCAGCCCGAUGCCAAGAUUCCACCAAAUGCAAAACUUUUCUUUGAAGUGGAAUUGGUGGAUAUUGAAUGAAAUGAAGAGUUUCCUUUGCUGCUGGGAAUCCAUUUACAAUCAAGAAAGCUUCCGAUAAUGCAGUUUUGCUCUUGUAACUUCAGGAUACAGUUACAACUGUGGCCUUGUAUUGAAAUCAAGUUUGUUUUCCCUGCCCCCCAACUGCUGUACAGUAACACACCACUAAAGAAAACAUAGUUUAUACAUGCAA